AUGGCCAGCUUGUCGACAAUCAUGGACCUCGAUGACACGUACUCUGCGGCGAACAACCCGCGCGCCCCCGGUUCUGUGAUGCCUACCAUGCGUCUCGCUGACGUUCUGCCAGCUUUCCGGCCGACCAAGCUCUUUCGCCGUGACGACAUCAAGGAGGGCAAACCGCAACCCCACAUCCUGUCGAUCGACUUUGACGACCCUGGCGAGCUCUGCAUGACUUCGGAGAGCGAUGAAACGAUUCAGAUCUACAAUGUAAAGGACGGCCGGUUCGACAAGAGUCUGCUCAGUCGCAAGUACGGUGUCAAGCUGGCCAAGUUUACCCAUACCAGCUCCAGCAUUAUCUAUGCUAGUACCAAGCAGAAUGACGCUAUCCGCUACCUCGCGACCCACGACAACUCGUUCAUCCGCUACUUUGAAGGCCACGAAGCCGCCGUCACCUGCCUCGCGAUGCACCCGGGCUCCGACAACUUCAUCUCCUGCUCCCUCGACAACACUGCCCGACUGUGGAACCUCAACACCCGUAACUGGACUGGCAAACUGCACAUCAACACCCCGUUCCUUUCCGCAUGGGACCCCUCCGGCAACGUCUUCGCCAUCGGCUCCCCACACAGCGCCAUCAUCCUCCUCUACGACCACCGCUCUUACGAGCGCGGCCACUUCUCCCGUUUCGACGUGCUGGAAGCCGUCAACAAUCGGGGUAACCCCGCGCCAAUCGAGGACGUCUUCUCCAACUGGACAAAGCUCGAAUUCUCCAACGACGGGAAGCACCUCCUGCUCGGCUCCAAGGGCGACGGCCAUUUUUUGCUCGACGCCUUUGAUGGCUCGCUGAAAGCCUACCUCAAGAAGCCUGCCUCAGGCCAGGUUACCCGCCGUGUCGCGCCUGGCGAGAGCCCCACCGAAGGUUCCAACGGCAUCGAGUCCUCUGGCGAGGUCUGCUUCACCCCGGACGGGCGGUUCGUCCUCUCCGGCGGGCGGCAGGACCUGGUCGCGUGGGACGUGAUGGCUGCUAACAUCGGCGUCGCGCAGAGUAGUGUCGGGAAAGGGAUUGCGGAGCCGACAUUUGUGCUGGAAGAGAAGCGGGAGACGGCCGUCGUGGCGUUCAAUCCCCGUUAUAAUAUGUUGGCCACGGCGGAUCAGGAGCUGGUCUUUUGGGUGCCAGACCCUCAUGCUUAG